GGGACACAUGAAGUUACACUGUACGCAUGCGCUGUGUGGCAGUGUGAGAAAAUGGCAGACGUUUCUUUGGAUGAAGUGAUACGACGACGCGGUAUAAACCUCAAGGCUCCAGUUAAACGACCAAUGUUUGGACGGGGUGCAGGAAUCACUGGCAAGAGUUUCGAUGCUCGUCAGAAGAUUGGGGUUAAUGACGUCAGACAGCGUCUUGGAGGAGGAGGAACAGGUUUUCAAGUGAAAGAUGCCAGAGAAAAGCUGGGACUGAAAGAUGCUCGCUUCAAAAUUCGUGGCAGGGGAGGAGCUGGAGGAGUGCAGGAUGCCCGGCAGAUGAUCAACUCUCGCAAACAGGGGCAGAAUCCAUUCAGUGUCCCUGCACAGACAACACAAAGUACAGCAGUAAUGCACAAACUACAGAGCCCCGCACUUGUGCCACAAAUACAGAUACACACCAACAGUCCUCCUGGUGGUCUUAACACAAGGCACUUUGGUCCUAAUGUCCAACACACACACUCAGUACAAGCACUGAGUGUGAGGGGGAGUGCACCCCCACAUUUGAGCAAUAAUAAGAAAAUGAUGGAUGCUCGUGAUAGGCUUAGCCUCAAGAGGAGUAUUGGAGGGACACCAGCUGCUGCUUCCCCACUGAUGAAAAUAACCAAGACCAUUCAGCAACGUCCACUAGGAACACCAGGUGGCAUACGUGCAGCCCCACAGUCUGUCUCAAAUGAGCCUGAUGAUAAACAUAUAAAGACUACUACUGCAAACAAUAUGCUACAGUCAAGGCCCAGUACAGUAGGUUCCACAUUUUCCAUGUCAGCCCCUAUCACCAAGGUGGUGAAAAAUGAUGCCUACAUGGCUCCACGUCCUCCUGUACCUGUGGCUCCCAGUCGGCCCAAUAGCAACAUGGCUGCCACUCGGUCCUCAGCUCCAGCCUUCCAGCCAGUCUCUAGGAGCCUCCAGCAAAGUACAGCAGAAACCACCACCACAGCGCCUACUCCACCUCAGCCGGCUUUCAGUCCUUUGGAAGGCACAAAGAUAACUGUAAACAAUCUGCAUCCCCGGGUCACAGAGGAAGACAUAGUUGAACUAUUCUGUGUGUGCGGUGCCUUGAAGCGAGCACGGCUGGUGAAGGUGGGUGUGGCUGAAGUGGUGUUUGUCCGCAAAGACGAUGCUGUGAGCGCAUACAGGAAGUACAACAAUCGCUGCCUGGACGGUCAACCCAUGAAGUGUAACCUUCACAUUCAGGGAAAUGUCAUCACAUCUGAUCAGCCCAUUCUUUUGAGACUCAGUGACACUCCAGGCACAGGCAGCAGUACAAAGAAAGAAGGCCUGCCGCCCUCCUUGUCCCGUCCCGCUGGCCAGCGAGCCUCCUCUCAGCCCACUCCAGAGGUUGACCCCCAGACCAUCCUCAAAGCUCUGUUCAACUCCACUGCUCAGUCCAGCUCCACCACUGAGCCCACGAGCUCACAGGCCGCCACCGCCUUCCGCAUCAAGAUAUAGCUCAUGUCACGUGUAAAUAAAUGUAUUACUGCAUUCUCAGUGUUCACAUACGAGCUGUGGUUUUCACCUUGACAGCAGGCAGCACCCAUACUCAUAAUUUUUACACAUUUGAUAGACUGCUCUGAACGUGAAGUCCUUGGAUGUCGACCUACUAUUUUUGAUUUGUGUCGAAAUAUCACCUGUUUGUUUUUGAGAUGUAUCACCGGAAGGAAAUGUGAUUUGUUGUUUUAAUCUAAUGUGGCAGGGGAUUCCAAAUCAAACUGGAUGGAUAUUUUUCCUUGGGUCAAUUCAUUACCUAUCCCCUCUAAGUAUAUUGAGUUUUUUAAUACUCCAGGUUAACUGUUAUCAAUGCCCAUGUGUGGGGAAAAAAAAUGACAGCAUUGUCUUUGAGAAAUGGAUUACCAUCACAGGCCUGUAGAUCAACAAAGGCAUGCCAUGUUGUUGUCUGUAUCUCUUUUUGAAUGACCCUGAUUAACAAAUCCUAGUAAUAAAAUGACGAAACAUCAUGAAGUGAAAUAACUAAAUGUAGUCCAUUUAAUAUCUUCCCAACUACACUCACAAGGAGUGUGCAUCUGUCUCCACUAAAUUACUGCACCCAACUUCAAUCUGAAGAAAAAAGUCAAGAUGGAUAAAGUAAAUGCAAACAAACUGUAUGAGAAAAUGGAGGGUGGACAGAGGUUACAUACCAGUUCUCAAUCACCCACUGUUGACAUGUUUUAUUUUACUGUCUUGGUGGAAUCCGGAUGCUUGUGUUGUUGGCUGAUUUUACUUGGUUGUCCUGAGGUUUGAAUCACUGUGUAAUUCUACUUUACCUUACUCUCAGUUUAUAGACUGAAAUUUAGAAUGGUCUGUGAAUUUUCACCAUUAAAUAUUUAGCUUUGUA